AUGUCACGAGACGAAAUGGUGGAGCUGGUGGAGGUUCUCUUGAGGAAAGACUAUGAUGGGGAUUAUGGCCCAUACAACACCCCUAAUCGGAGGAAGGCCAAAAUUAUGGAUAAAGUGGCAAGGAGACUGUAUGCCAGAUUUGGGGUCACAAGGUCCAAGGAGCAGCUGAGAAAGAGAUGGUCCGACUUGAAACUGCGUGAGCCAGAGCAGUUUAGGGGGAUCAAGCGAAUUCUAGAUAAAAGCAGAAAAACUGCUAGAAAACUCUCUCAUGAAGAAAUGCAUACCACACAUAAAGGUAAUGUCACCACAUUCUUAUUUUUGGGAUUUAACAGCAAUGCUGUAUAUAAUCUUCUGCUCUUCACCUUGGUCCUUAUUAUAUACAUUGUGACAAUAUGUGGAAACUUUUUGAUCAUCAUGUUGGUAUAUUACAGCAAGACCCUUCAUUCUCCCAUGUACUUCUUCCUCUCCCAACUCUCUAUAUCUGACAUCAUGCUGACCACAGAUAUUGCUCCUAACAUGUUACAUAUUGUUCUAUAUGAGAGGACCUCCAUAUCCUUUUCCGGUUGUAUCACUCAAUAUUAUGUCGUUAGCACAACAGAAGUAUUUGAAUGUUUCCUUCUGACAGUGAUGUCCUAUGACCGCUAUCUAGCCAUCUGCUCUCCUCUGCAUUAUACCUCCAUUAUGAAACAAACACUUUGCAUUCAACUAGUUCUUGCGUCCUGGAUUGUCAGCUGUUCGAUGACAUCAAUAUUAACAUUUGACUUAAGUCAACUAGAAUUCUGUGGACCAAAUGUUAUUGACCACAUAUUUUGUGAUUUCAAUCCUCUUGUGGAACUUUCCUGCUCAGAUACAUCCAGAGUUCAAAUGGAAGUUACCUUGCUGUGUGUCCCUGUGCUAAUAUUUCCCUUCCUAGUGAUAGUGGUUUCAUAUACUUGCAUUGUUUUAACAAUAUUAAAGAUAUCCUCUUUUUCAGGAAGACUGAAAUCCUUUUCCACUUGUAGCUCCCAUCUCACCGUUGUGUUUAUAUUUUAUGGAACCCUAGCUGCUGCAUAUCUGAUUCCAAAGAAAGGACAAUCACAAAUGAUCAAUAAGAUAAUGUCCUUGUUGUAUACAGUGUUUACUCCCUUUGUAAACCCUUUCAUAUACAGCUUGAGGAAUAAAGAGAUCAAGGACAGUUUAAAGAUGUUGUAUAUAAACACAAGCUUUGUAUUCAAAACCUUUGGUAAAAGUUAA